UCAUUGUGUCACACAAUCAACGAUCUUGUGACGAGUAAAUACGCGAACUCAGUGUUCCUUACAGUUAAGACAGAAAAAGUAAAAUAACAUGGUGUAUUGAACAGCUAGCAGGUGUAACAGAAUUGGGGACACCCGCACAACCCCGUAUAUGCUGUAACCUCCGAUGAACACUGGAGGGCGCGUAACAUAAUUUAUUCUAAUCGACGGUACACGUUCCGAAGCCCAGGGGGGCAGUAACGCACGCUAGGCUGCUGUAUUCAACCACCGCUAAUAAUCCAAAGAAGAAGAGGACUUUCAGACGCCUCCCUACGAGACCAAAAUAGACAGUAGAGGGCUGAGCAGCUCCCACAAACCAGAAAUGGCUUCCACCGGAGUUCUUCCCUUCAUCAGGGGGGUAGACCUCAGUGGGAACGACUUCAAAGGCGGCUACUUCCCAGAGCAUGUCAAGUGUAUGAGCAGUCUGCGAUGGCUGAAGCUGAACAGGACAGGACUGUGUUACCUCCCAGAGGAGCUGGCCUCUCUGCAGAAGCUGGAGCAUCUUUCAGUGAGUCACAACAGCCUGACCACUUUGCAUGGAGAACUGUCCAGUCUACCGAACCUUCGGGCGGUCGUAGCCAGAGCCAACAACCUGAAAAACUCUGGUGUCCCCGAUGACAUCUUUCAGCUAGAUGACCUCUCUGUGCUGGAUCUGAGUUACAAUCAGUUGUCAGAGAUCCCCAGAGACCUUGAGAACAGCAGGAACAUGCUGGUGCUGAAUCUGAGUCACAACGGCAUCGACUCCAUCCCCAACCAGCUGUUUAUCAACCUGACGGACUUGCUGUAUCUGGACUUGAGCGACAACAAGUUGGACAGCCUUCCCCCACAGAUGAGACGCCUGGUUCAUCUGCAGACACUCACACUGAACAACAACCCCUUGAUGCAUGCACAGUUGCGCCAACUGCCGGCCAUGGUAGCAUUACAGACUCUCCACCUGAGGAACACACAGAGGACUCAGAGCAACAUGCCAACCAGUCUGGAGGGUCUGACACAUCUAGCAGAUGUUGAUCUGUCGUGUAACGACCUGACUCGGUUGCCGGAGUGCCUCUAUUCAUUGAGCAGUUUGAAAAGACUCAACCUGAGCAGCAAUCAGAUUUCAGAACUGUCCCUCUGCAUUGACCAGUGGACUCAACUGGAGACUCUUAACCUGAGCCGCAACCAGCUCACCUCCCUCCCCUCUGCAAUAUGUAAGCUGACCAAACUGAAGAAGCUGUACGUAAACUCCAACAAACUGGACUUUGAUGGAGUUCCGCCAGGCGUGGGCAAACUGUCCAGUCUCACCGAGUUCAUGGCCGCUAAUAACAACCUGGAACUAAUCCCAGAGGGACUUUGCAGGUGUGGCAAGCUGAAGAAGCUGGUGCUGAAUAAAAACCGGCUGGUAACACUGCCUGAGGCCAUCCACUUCUUGACUGAUUUAGAGAUUCUGGAUGUACGGGAGAACCCUAACCUGGUGAUGCCUCCUAAACCAGUGGACAGAGCAGCAGAGUGGUACAACAUUGACUUCUCCCUGCAGAACCAGCUGCGACUAGCCGGAGCCUCACCUGCUACUGUAGCAGCUGCUGGAGGAGGAGCCAGCCCACGAGAUCCCCUGGCGAGGAAGAUGAGAAUGAGGAGGAGGAAGGACAGUUCUCAGGACGACCAGGCGAAGCAGGUGCUAAAGGGCAUGAGUGACGUUGCUCAGGGCAAGAACAUGGAGGAGAGCGGGGAUUCAAAAUAUGGAGAUUUAAAGGUCCGUCGCUGGGACAAGAGCCUAGAGAAACCUCAACUGGACUACUCUGAGUUCUAUAUGGAGGAUGUGGGGCAGGUUCCAGGUGUAACAGUGUGGCAGAUAGAGAACUUUGUUCCAAUGCAAGUGGACGAAGCUUUCAACGGCAAGUUCUAUGAGGCCGAUUGCUACAUCAUCCUCAAGACUUUCCUGGAUGACAACGGCGCGUUGAACUGGCAUAUCUAUUACUGGAUCGGCCAGGAAGCCACGCUCGACAAGAAAGCGGGCUCUGCCAUCCACGCCGUCAACCUCAGAAACUUCCUUGGCGCAGAGUGCAGGACGAUACGGGAGGAGAUGGGAGACGAGAGCGAGGAGUUCAGUGCUGUGUUCAACAAUGAGAUCUCCUACAUCGAGGGGGGCACAGCCAGCGGGUUCUACACUGUGGAGGACACAAACUAUACUGUCAAGUUGUACAGAGUUUAUGGUAAGAAAAACAUCCGACUAGAGUCUGUACCUGUGAAGGCCUCCUCCCUCGACCCGCGGUAUGUCUUCCUGUCGGACACAGGGCUGGACAUCUUCAUCUGGAGAGGAGCCAACGCUACUCUGAGCAGCACCACUAAGGCGAGGUUAUUUGCAGAAAAGAUCAAUAAGAAUGAGCGUAAGGGAAAGGCAGAGAUCACCACCCUCAUGCACGGCCAGGAGCCUCCGGGCUUCUGGGAGGUACUGGGAGGACAACCAGAGGAGAUCAAGAAGCACGUACCAGAUGACUUCACUCCCGUUAGACCUAAACUAUACAAGGUGGGCUUGGGUCUGGGCUACCUGGAACUGCCACAGAUUAACUACAAGCUGUCGGUCGAGCACAAAGACCACAAGAUCAAACUGGACACUUCUCCCGAGAUGAGACUGGUGCAAUCUCUGCUGGACACCAAGUGCGUGUACAUCCUGGACUGCUGGUCCGAUGUGUUCAUCUGGAUCGGGAGGAAGUCUCCACGUCUCGUCCGAGCCGCGGCCUUAAAACUGGGUCAGGAGAUCUGCUCCAUGCUGCACCGGCCCAAACACGCGUGCGUCACCCGCAACCUGGAGGGCACCGAGUGCCAGGUGUUUAAAUCCAAGUUCAAGAACUGGGAUGAUGUGUUGAAGGUGGACUAUACCAGAGCAGCCGAGACUGUGCAUAAGAACGACAACCUACAGGGCAAGGUGAAGAAGGACGCUGAGAAGAAAGACCAGAUGAAAGCUGACCUCACAGCCCUCUUCCUUCCGAGGCAGCCAGCCAUGCCCCUUACUGAGGCUGAACAGCUGAUGGAGGAAUGGAACGAGGAUCUGGAUGGCAUGGAAGGAUUUGUGUUGGAGGGAAAGAAGUUUGCUCGCCUGCCCGAGGAGGAGUUUGGCCACUUCCACACCCAGGACUGCUACGUCUUUCUCUGCAGAUACUGGGUGCCUGUGGAGUACGAAGACGAGGAGAAGGAGAAGAAAGAGGGUGGGGCCAGUGAAGGACGAAAAUCAACAGCAGAGGAUGACGAAGACAAACAGCCCGAAGAGGACUUCCAGUGUGUCGUUUAUUUCUGGCAAGGCAGGCAGGCCUCCAACAUGGGCUGGCUCACCUUCACU